AUGGAAGGAGGGGUGGAGUACGUGCAAGUGCGCUCGGACGAGAUCAACAACAAUAACGUGCAAACGGCCAGCACGUCGCCCUACCGCUACACCGACCUCUCCACCAACCUGCCCCUCGAACGACCCUCUGCCGUUCAACCUGGCUGCGACAUGUGCUUUCAGCGGUUUGGUACGUUCUCGCUGCUGUACAAGCACCGGGCACGGCCCUGCUUCGAAGACGGCGUCACCCAGCCGCCCUUCCCGCACCCCGUCAAGAUCGCGUUUCACCGCGACCACCUCCUCUACAUCGGCGACAUCGUCCAUGCGCUCAACCUGCCGCUCCAGGACGAUGAGGAGCGCGAGGGGUGGGUGUGGGUGGUGGUCGACAGAUCGAUGUUCGAGAUCACCAUGCGCCGGUUCUACGUGGGCCAGGUCACUAAGUACAACCUCGAGCAGUGGUACCACCCGCUCGAUGCCAAGGCCACCGCCCAGGGCGCCCACCACAAAGGGUUCACAAUGAAGACCCUCUUCCUGGCGCUGUCGGACGACGAGCUGAAGUUGCUGCAGGGCCUGGCCUCCGUGGUGCUGGCCCGCAAUCUGGGCAUGGGCGGCCGCGAGACCCAGAAGGAGCUCACCGGCCGCGAGCUGCUUGAGGACAAGAUCACCCCCCAAGGACAGUGUGGCGACCGACACCAGCGAAGACACGACUCUCGAGCAGAGGCUCCUUGUCAAAAACGAAGGGCUGCGGGUGCACAAUGGCGAAGAGGUGAUCAACUUGCUGACAAAAAGCCAGCGGAUCUUCUCGGACAUCUCCAUGUACUUCCAAUACCGUGUACCAGGUUCGUCGUCGGGCGAGAUGUGCCUGAUCCUGCGGGAGUGGAUGGACAAGAUGCCGCAGGACCACGAGUUCCGGUGUUUCGUGCACAACAAGCGCAUCACCGGCAUCUCGCAAUACCACUGCUACUACCCCUUUGA